AAAGCCCCAAAACCCUAGACCGCUGCUGCUCGCUGAAGACAAAGGGGAAGCAGCUAGGGUUUCUUUUCGAAUGGAGAAGCCCACUUCAGUUUCUUUCUCCGGAGACCAAAUCCCCCUCUCCGUUCUCGCCGCCGCCAGGAUCGCCGGCAUCGACCUGUCGACGAUUCUGCGCACUGGCUCGAUCCCCUCGUUCGGAUUCCCUUCAGGGUCAAAAUUGCAUGGGACCAACACUCUUCUACGAUAUCUGGGACAUGUUUUAGCUAGUUCUAAUUUGUAUGGGCAGAAUGCACUUGAAUCAGGGAAGAUUGAUGAGUGGCUUGAGUGUGUCUUAAUCUUCUCAUCUGGCUCAUAUUUUGAGAGUGCUUGUGGGCUUGUUGAUGCUCAUCUUGCUCUUCGGACUUUCUUGGUUGGUUAUAAUUUUUCCAUUGCUGAUAUAGCACUGUGGUCAGCUCUUGCAGGCACCGGGCAAAGGUGGGAGAGCUUAAGAAAAUCAAAGAAAUUCCAACAUCUUGUUCGCUGGUUCAAUAGCAUAACUGGGGAAUACAAUGUGGCUUUGAAUGAAGUUACAGGAAAAUAUGUUGGGAAAAGAGGUUUAGGAAAAUCUCCUGCCUCUAAUACCAAAGGAAAAGAUCAGGGGACAAAUGAAGCCUCAAAGGGAAAGGAUGGGCUUUCUGCAAAUGGGGCUGUGACAUCAAAAACUGCUGGAUUUGAAGUAGAUCUUCCUGGUGCAGAGUACGGGAAAGUUUGCCUGAGAUUUGCUCCAGAACCUAGUGGAUACCUCCAUAUAGGGCAUUCAAAGGCUGCUUUACUGAAUCAGUACUUUGUUCAGAGAUAUGGAGGACGGCUGAUCAUUCGCUUUGAUGAUACUAAUCCUUCGAAAGAGAGCAAUGAGUUUGUUGAGAAUGUGUUGAAAGAUGUUGAGACUUUGAACAUAAAAUAUGAUGUUGUUACCUAUACAUCAGAUUACUUCCCACAAUUGAUGGAGAUGGCUGAGAGAUUAAUACGCGAGGGGAAAGCGUAUGUGGAUGAUACGCCUAGAGAGCAAAUGCAGAAGGAGAGGAUGGAUGGUAUUGAAUCAAAAUGCAGGAACAAUAGUGUUGAUGAGAAUAUGAAAUUGUGGAAAGAGAUGAUUGCAGGGUCUGAAAGGGGCAAGCAGUGCUGUUUAAGAGGUAAAUUGGAUAUGCAAGACCCUAACAAAUCACUUCGAGAUCCUGUUUAUUACCGAUCAAAUCCAGAUCCUCAUCAUAGGAUUGGGGCAAAGUAUAAGGUUUACCCAACCUAUGACUUUGCUUGUCCUUUUGUUGAUUCCACUGAAGGUGUAACUCAUGCUCUUCGCUCAAGUGAGUAUCACGACCGUAAUGCACAGUACAACAGAAUUCUUGAUGAUAUGGGAUUAAGAAGAGUGCACAUCUAUGAAUUUAGCCGACUGAACAUGGUGUAUACGCUUCUCAGCAAGCGCAAACUUCUUUGGUUUGUGCAAAAUGGGAAAGUUGAUGGAUGGAAUGAUCCUCGUUUCCCAACUGUGCAGGGAAUAGUUCGCAGAGGUCUGAAGAUUGAGGCAUUAAUACAGUUUAUUCUUGAACAGGGUGCUUCUAAAAAUCUAAACCUUAUGGAAUGGGAGAAGCUAUGGACGAUCAACAAGAAAAUAAUUGAUCCAAUUUGCCCAAGACACACGGCAGUCAAUGAAGAGCGUAGGGUGAUGUUUUACCUUGCUGAUGGUCCCGAAGAGCCAUUUGUUCGUAUUUUACCCCGGCAUAAGAAAUAUGAGGGUGCUGGGAAAAAAGCUACAACAUACACAAAGAAAAUAUGGAUAGAGUAUGCUGAUGCAUCAUCUAUCUCGGAGGGUGAGGAAGUAACACUGAUGGACUGGGGAAAUGCUGUCGUAAAGGAAAUCAAGAAAGAGAGUGGUGAAAUUAAGGAAUUGGUUGGAGUUUUACAUCUUGAGGGGUCUGUUAAAACAACAAAGUUGAAGCUUACCUGGCUACCUGAAUCUAAGGAGCAUGUUAAACUUAUGUUGGUUGAGUUUGACUACUUGAUAAAGAAGAAAAAGCUCGAAGAGGGAGAAGAAUUCAUUGACAAUCUUAAUCCUUGCACGAAGAAGGAGACAGCAGCUCUGGGAGAUUCGAACAUGAGGAAUCUGAAGCAGGGAGAGAUACUUCAGCUCGAGAGAAAAGGCUACUUCAGAUGCGAUGUUCCCUUCAUUGGGCCCUCGAAGCCUAUUGUUCUCUUCGCGAUCCCUGAUGGUAGACAGCAGGCAUCAUUGAACUGAUGGGCAAGUUGGUCAUUAGUACCGCCUUUCAUUGAAAAUUUUGUUUCGAUCUUACGAAAAGGAUAUAUUCUCAUGUUGAGAAGGGUUUUCUUGAUGUAAAUCAUAUGUUACUAGACUUUUUGCUACGAUUGAAUCUGAACUACUACCUAUUUUUGCCAAAACUUUGGGGUUUUGGAGCAUUGUUUCAGUCUGAAGUGGAUUACCUUGCAUUGACCCGAUA